CCGCAGUGUGCUACACGUGUGAUUUUGUUGCCGUUCUGAAGACUCACAUGUAUGGCAAAUACAAAAAUAAGUAAAAUGGCUAAGAGUAAACCACUGGAUACGGAACCCAAAUGCAGUGUGUCCAAGAGGAAGAAGUUGCAUUCAAGUGAGCAGGAUGUCAGUAUGGAUGUAAACGUGGAAAGAAAAGUGAAAAAGAAAAAAAAAGCUAAGACUGACACAGAGGUACCCGUCAUAGCUUUGUCAAAGCCGGUAUCUGAGGAGGCUCCGACAAAAAAAAUUAAGAAACGCAAACAACCAACAGAACACAUACGGAAGGAGAAGAAGAAAAAGAAGGCUAAAAUUUCUGAGACAACUAAGCCAUUAAAAGAAGAGGAGGAGAUGGAGGUGAUGGAGGGAGAGGAAGACUUGAGUCCCGAAGAAAGACGAGUAUUGGAGAGAAAGAUGAAAAAGAUUCUGAAGAAGGACAAGAAGAACAAGCUGAAAAUGGAGGGAAAGACAGAGGAGAUUGUGGAGGCCCACAAACCCAUCGCCCCACAACAGGCACUAGACUACCUGAGCUGCUGGGCUGAGAACCGAAAGGACUGGAAGUUCCAAAAGACAAGACAGACGUGGUUACUACAGCACAUGUUCGACACGGAGAAGGUUCCAGACCAGAGCUUCUCGGUGCUGCUGCAGUACCUGGAGGGUCUGCGAGGAGUGGCCAAGGACACCACAGUGCAGAAGGCCGAGGCGCUGACCAGGGAACACGAGGGAUCGGAGGAAGAAGAGGCCCUGAAGAAGACAAACCGAGCCAGAGAGAUCAUCCAGCUGCUGUCCUGACCCUACACCAACACCACCACCAUCUGUGGCACGAUACCGUCAUCAGUUCACUGUUUUAUUACUGUACUACACAAUAAAAUAGUCUUUCAAUUGUUUCUUUCAGAAAAUCAGAAAGAAUAUCUGGCUGCAUUCAUUACAUUUAAGGUAACCUAUAAACAUUGUGUAAAGAUAACUAUUCAACCAAGUAGCGUUUGAAAGGAUCUAUACUCGACUGGGCUUGCCUGCUGCACAACAGUCAAUGUUCCUGAAAGAACAAACCCUGUUUGUCUUUCACCCUGUCCAGACAACGUUUCCAAUAAGCUCAUUACUGUGGACUGCUUGAGAAGGAUGAGUACGUUGUAUUAUACUGCUUAUUCCAUUACAAGUGAUAGCCACUAGAUGGCAGUAAGACUUUAUACUAAUGAAAUGUAUAGCAGAAGUGUCUACAAGAGAAGCUUGGGAGAUAAAGCACGUCUAUCAACGGAUUUACUUUGGUCCCAGUCACAUUACACAGUUUAAUAAUAAUUUAAUAACAUAAUUUAAUUUUAUAUCGUUUCGAAAGUGAAAAGCACGCCACUGAAGGAGAGAGUUGUUGAAUCGUGUUCCGCUUUGGUGGUUUUGGUUGAAUCCUGAUGUUUAUGUCCCCUAUUAUUAUUAUUACUAAUGGUCACAUUUAAGUCUCAUUUCCUUUCUGUGUGUAUUUGAUUAAGGUCAA